AUGGGGAUGGAUUCUAUCGCUAGUGAUGGCGGCGGCGGUGGUGGUGGUGGUGUGAGGAGAUCGGUCGACGCGGGCGGCACCGCGGAUGAUGCCCUCGCCAAGAUGGGCUACAAGUCCGAACUGCCGCGCAGUCUAAGCAUGCUGUCGGUGCUGGGUCUCUCCUUCGCCAUCAUGGCCGUACCCUACGGCCUCUCGACCACCUUCUACAUCUCGCUGUCGAACGGGCAGUCCGUGACCAUCAUCUGGGGCUGGGUGCUGCUGUCGCUGCUGUCGACCGCCAUCGCCGCCUCGCUCGCCGAGAUCUGCUCUGUCUACCCCACAGCCGGCGGCGUCUACUACUGGGCAGCGCUACUGUCCAGUCCGAAAUGGGCACCCAUCGCGAGCUGGAUCACCGGCUGGCUGACGCUGGUUGGAAACUGGACCGUAACUCUCUCCAUCAACUUCGGCGGUGCCCAGCUCAUCCUCAGCGCAAUCACGCUCUGGAACGAGGACUUCGUCGCCAAUGCUUGGCAGACUGUGCUGAUGUUCUGGGCUGUGACGCUUGUCUGCUACGCCAUCAACAUCUUCGGCUCGCGGUAUUUGGACUUGAUUAACACAGUGUGCAUCUACUGGACUGGAGCCUCGAUUAUCAUCUUGUUGAUCGUGUUAUUGGUCAUGUCACCCAGCAAGCGCAGCGGGGAGUUCGUCUUUGCGCACUACGACGCCUCGGCCUCCGGGUGGCCCUACGGCUGGUCUUUUUUCGUCGGCCUGCUGCAGCCGGCGUACGUGCUGACGGGCUACGGCAUGGUGGCCGCCAUGUGCGAAGAAGUCCAGUCGCCUGAGCGCGAAGUCCCCAAGGCUAUUGUCUUAUCCGUGGUUGCCGCCGGCAUUACCGGCUUGAUCUACCUGAUCCCCAUCCUCUUUGUGCUCCCGGACGUGACGAUGCUGCUCGACGUCGCGAACGGCCAGCCCAUCGGCGUGGUUUUCACGGAGGCGACCGGUAGCGCGGGCGGCGGCUUUGGCCUGCUCUUCCUGAUCCUGGGCAUCUGGCUCUUCGCGGGGGUGGGAGCGCUGACGGCCUCGAGCCGUUGCACGUAUGCUUUCGCUCGCGACGGUGCGAUACCCGGCUCCGGGCUGUGGAGCCGCAUCGACAAGCGCUUCGACAUGCCACUGAUGGCGCUCACGCUAUCGGCAGUUGUCGACAUGCUGCUGGGACUGAUAUACUUUGGCAGCUCGGCCGCCUUCAGCAGUUUCACGGGCGUGGCCACCAUCUGCCUUUCGACCUCGUACGGGCUGCCCAUCCUGGUCUCCGUGAUGCAGGGCCGCAAGCAGGUAGAGCACGCGUCGUUCUCGCUCGGCAAAUUCGGAUUCGUGAUCAACAUCACGACGCUGCUGUGGAUCGUCCUGGCCAUCUUCCUCUUCUGCAUGCCGACCAACCUUACUGGCUUGGACGCUUCGACCAUGAACUACGCCAGCGUGGUGUUCGCCGGCUUCGCCCUCAUCAGUAUCGGCUGGUACUUCGCCUGGGGCCGCAAGCACUUCAGCGGCCCGCCUGUGCUGAGCUCGAACCUGGCUGAGGGCGGUGUGGGCGUUGUGAGGGGGCAAUCGCUUGAUGAGGAGGCACGUGUGAAGGGGACGUUGGGGAAAGAAGAUAUCGAUCACAAGGCUUCUGCACAGUCUUGA